GAGAGACCUUAAGUACCAAGCUGAACUGAAUUCCGAAGUGUGUAACAAUUUGGUAAAUUUAUUAGCCUGCAAAUCAAUUGACAGUUGCUGAAAAAUCUUUGGUGAACUAUUACGAACAUGGAUUUAGAACGUAGAAUACCAUGUCAAAGAAUGAAUUUCAUCAAAGAAUUGAUGCCAUUAAGCAGACACAUUGAAUCUCCAAUCUCCAAAAAGGUGCUUGCUGUUUUUGAUGCGGCUUUACAAAAAGUAUUAACUGUUUUAUGUUUACAGAACAUAAAGGAAAGUGUUGAGGUUCAAAAUGAAGAAAGCCUACUAGACCGUGUGAGUCUUUACAUAAAUCAAGCAAAAGAAUACGACUUAAUAAAAGCUAGUAACCUCAACAGUCCUUAUUCGCAUAAAAUUUUGUCUGAGAACUGUGAGAUGCUGAAAAAUACGAAAUCAGAAAUAAACGAUUCUUUGGAACAUAAUAUAAAUGAAGAGUUCGAGAAUAAUGUUCGAAAUUUUUUACAUUUUAUGUCAUCACAACCUUUAAUUAAUCAAGUACUAUCUGGAUUCCUAUUAGAUAAUAAUGAACAAUUAUGUAAUAAAUGGAAAUUACCAGAAACAAUUACUAAUCAUAUAACUAAUGUUAAAUGGAUUCAGAUACCACAAUUUUCUCAAAAUAAUAAAACAAAAUUAGUAGAAUAUUUAAUACACUUAAGAAUAUUAUUAUUAAUAAAAUUAUUAACUACACCAGAAGAUAAAAAACGUAAAAAAUUAUACAUAAAAGAACUUGAAACUAGAGAUCAAGAAUGUCAAACAAAGUUGACUGAACUUAUUAAAGAAUUGGAUAUACAAAUUUGUCAGAAUAAUGCAGAAACUAGGAAAAUUGGUUAUACUGUUUCAAAACUUAAAAAUCAAAUUGAUAAUCUUGAAAGAUAUUUAACUGAACGAAAAAAGCAAAUUAACACUGAAGAAGCGAAAAAGAUAACAGAAAUCACAAAACAAAACGAUGAAAAUGAAAAUAAUUUAAGUAAAGAAAUGAAAAGUCAAGAAAUACUACUUGAAAAGUUGAUUGAGACUAAUCGUUCUGAAGAGGAAACAAUUCGAGCAACCAUUUAUAAAAUGGAAAGUGAUAUUGAGUCGAAGAUUUCUAAAUAUGAUCAAGAAAUGACAGCCUUACAGGAUGAAUAUGAUGCCCUGGAAGCGGAGUAUACAGAGGAGAAAAGCGCUUACGAUGAAUUGAAUGAACGUUUUCAGAUUAUAAAUGAAGAGUAUCAAAAGAUAAUGGAAGAACGUAGGCUAGAGGAUGAAAGACGGCAAAGAGAGGAAGAACGAAGACGCCAAAUGGAACAAGCCGUUAUAACAAUACAAGCAUUUUGGAGGUCAUAUAAAACAAGAAAACUGGCACGUGGAAGAAAAGGAGGUAGUAGAAAAGCGAAGAAGUAAUUCAUAAAACAGAGUCAAAACACUAUUCAACUGGGAUUAAAAAGGUAAACAUGAAAACUUAUUUAGAACCUGACUAUUUAACACUAAAUACAUUCAUUAAAUCACGAGCCCAUGAAUGAAAAGACUUGUAUGUUCUCAAUUACAUGUUAGUCACGUGAUUCGUAAAAAUUAAAAUGUGUAAAACAUCAAAUCUUUGAUGAAUCUAUAUGGUAUUUACCCAUAUUUAAUUAAUUAAUUACCUUUCAUGUUAUUCAUCAAUGUUUAUUUUAUAUAACAGUAAUAAACAACAUAUUGUUG